AUGGCUUCCACUAUGGAGGAAUGCAGAGCCUUCUUGUUUGCGGAUUAUUUCAUCGAUAACGAAGACAUUCUUGCUCUGUUUGGGUAUGAUGAUUAUAGUUUGCCGACAGCCGAUGACUUGAUAUACUACGCAUAUUUACAUAUUGGUGUUGAAGGACUCCGAGCACUUUGCAGCUACAAAGCUGAGGAUCAAGCCUGGGGUGGUGACCAUGACCAGGCUCUUUUUGCGAUCUUGAAUCACAUGUUGAAUCACGGCAAUGGCGUUAUAACGGUAGAGCAUGAUGGUGUUGAUAAGAAGCUUUACGUCCAUGUCGAUCGCACGAAGAUCAGAUUUCAUGGGAAGCCGGCAAUAGGCCAAAUGUUAUGCAAGCUCCACAUAUGGCACUUGACAGCAGGCAUUGAGGCUUGCAAGUCAUAUUACGAAUCUCUGAGCACUAUUGAUGAUGUUUACGAAUCGUGGAGGCAAAUUGUUGUCUCUAACCCUGAGCCAAAGUGGAAGUUCGUACAGCCGAACACAUUUCUGAAAGAGGAUGGUACGGUCGAGCUCAGGGAGUAUGAGGCUAGCAAUGCUGGAAUCGUCAAGUCUUUUUACGCAAGAAAUGUCUGA